AAACAGCACGACAAGAAGCUUUGACGUUUGAUUCAGUGCCGAGAGUCUCACUGCUAAUGUUAAUUCCUGCUAUGAAACAGCUCCAUCCACUGUCGGUCUGUUCGUUAUUAGUGGUUUAAAAAAAACAGCUGUCCCAGAAAGAUCAAUGAUUUAUUUGCUUUUUAACUCUGGAAUUUCUAAAAGUGCUGCUGCAGUGUUGGUAAUUAGCUGAAAAUGGCAAUGUUGCUCAAUUUGAUUCCAGUUAUUUGUGAUGAUUUCCACAAGGCAUUCUGAACCACUGCCUGUGUAAUGAAUAACCCUAAUGGCUGUAUCGCCAGUUUUUGCAGCCAUGGUGAGCAUUAAAAUGCGCUCACACAGUUUGUCGUCAAAAUCAGGUGGAUGUGCACCAACAUAGUUGAAUUAAAACAUGAGCGCCUCCCAUGCAGGACUUCAGCCAAAUUAAACUGAAGACCAAUAUUCCUCACUAAACAAAAUUCCAUUGCCAUCAGAGAUUAGUUUUCUAAUUAUCUUUUUUGCAUUCACAUUAGGCGAUGUCCCCUCCCUACAUUUGCCCAGUCCUUGUUUGGCAUCGACGAAUGUGGACUUGUUUUUUCCUCCUUGGCACACAGACUGUCACAACCCCCCCUCCGUUAUGGGCAUCAUCGUGGGUGUCACCGUGGGGGUGGUGAUCAUUGGCUUCAUCGUCCUGCUCCUGUGGAAGAUGAUGGUGACCAUCCAUGACCGGCGAGAGUUUGCGAAGUUCCAGGAGGAUCGCUCGCACGCCCGCUGGGGAAUGAGCACAAACCCAUUGUACAGACCCACGACGUCCACCUUCCGCAACGUCAGCUACCGGGGGACGAAAAGCGACGACAAGUCGACAGUCGAGAUAAUGCGGCACGAUGAGACACUGGACGCGAAUGCGGUUCCCUGGAAAAUCCGCGGAUAAUGAAUCGGGACUCGUUUGUGGAGGUCAACAGACAAGUCGUGGUUUGACGGAAACAGCACCUUGAAUGAGAGCGGACCCGAGUACUUAUUGCGAAUGAACUAACUGUAAUUAGACGUACCUCUUUUCCACUGACACAACCGAGCUACGCCAGGGCCAUGCCGAGCAAGCCCGGCAUAGCUCAGGAGGUGCCAGGUUGUUAUUCCACUGCGGAAGCUGAGCCGUGCCGUGAUGUCAUACGCAUUUAACAUAUCAUUUAGGCCCAAUCCUGGCCCCGCUUGGUCCUAUGCAAGAUUCAGAUGUCUUUUGAGGCCGUCAUAUCACAAUUUGGGUUUGGCUGGACUUAAAAAAUAACCAGCAGAAAAAAAACCCAUCUGCACCAUGAGGGCCUGGUCUGUCUCGGUAUGUGCUACAGUGGAAAAGGGAUAACGAUGGUGAGUAGUAGAGUGGAGCCAUAUUAGGGUUACGCUGAAAGUAAAAUUAGGAGGCAUAUCACCCCCAGGUCCUGUGCAAAGUGCACAGGUCAUGGCUAUAUACCAACCUUCGCUCCACCAUCUCUCAUGCACUGGAAAGACUUUGCUGGAAAAGUCAACGUGGUUCCAAUACCAAUUACACAAUGUUUAAGCAGAUUGUCUCACUGAGUACAAUGCAUGGUACUGUAGCUUGCUGCUUAGAAACGGAUAAGGCACUAAUAAUCCACAGCAUUUAAGCUGGAUGAAAACUGUAUUGUACAUAUCCUUUUUUAAGAACAAAAAAAUUCCUUUGAUUUU